AUGGAGCUUCGACGUCUCCGAGGUCUCUCUCCAGCGACAGCGCGGCAGCUGUUCUCAUCGACGGUAGCUCCAGUGGUGGACUAUGCCUCGAACGUCUGGAUGCACGCCCUCAAGAAUCAAAACAUAGGACCGAUCAACCGGGUGCAAAGGGUAGGAGCGCAAGCAAUUGUGGGCACAUUCCUCACCGUGGCGACCAGCGUAGCGGAGGCCGAGGCCCAUAUCGCCGCGGCACGACACCGAUUCUGGAGACGAGCCGUGAAGAUGUGGACGGACCUCCACACACUACCAGAGACCAAUCCUCUCCGCAGAAACACAGAUCGGAUCAGGAAAUUCAGGAGAUACCACCGCUCACCACUGUACCAAGUAGCGGACGCGCUGAAAAACAUCGACAUGGAAUCGCUGGAAACCAUCAAUCCGUUCACACUGGCACCAUGGGAAGCACGCGUACAGACUGAUGAUGAGCCUGUCUCAGAUUGGUCAACUGUACCAGGCGGAUCAAUGCGGAUCGCGUUCAGCAGCUCGGCACGGAACGAGCUGGUCGGAUUUGGAGUGGCGAUCGAGAAACAACCACCCCGCUAUCGGAAAGUGAGACUGAAGACCUUGUCCGUCACGUUGAGCGCGAGGACAGAGCACAAUCCGUUUUCCGCGGAGCUGGCGGCAAUGGCGCAUACACUCAAAACACUCGUGGGAUUGAAAGACUUUAGGAUCACGUUGAUCACGAGCAACAAAGGGGCAGCUCUCAUGCUGAAGAAUCCGCGACCACAGUCGGGCCAGGAAUUUGUCUGUCAAAUCUACAAGCUGAUGAGAAGACUGCAGAAGCAUGGAAAUCAGAUCAGCGUCCGGUGGAUCCCCACUAGCGAAGACAACAAACUACUAGGGCUGGCGAAAGAGCAGGCGAGAGCCGCGACGAAAGAAGAUGCCAUCCUGCAAGGACAGGUCCCCAAAAUGAAAUCGACGACUCUAAAGAUCGCGCGUACCCAAGCAAUCCCCAGCAGUAAGCUACCUGAGAGCAUCGGGAAACAUUCGAGACGAGUGGAUAAAGCCCUUCCGGGAAAACACACGCGACAGCUGUAUGACCGAUUAUCGUGGAAAGAAGCGAGCGUGCUGUCCCAGCUCCGCACGGGGAUGGCAAGACUCAAUGGAUAUCUCUUUCGAAUCAAUGCCGCCAAGACAGAUCAAUGUGCAUGUGGACAAGCAAGAGAGACGGUAGACCACUUUCUCUUUCGAUGUCGGAAGUGGACCGCGCACCGGACGGAAAUGCUGCAAUGUACCCACACUCACCGAAGUAACAUGUCCUUCUUCUUGGGAGGGAAGUCACCCUCCGAUGAUCAAAAGUGGAAGCCGAAUUUGGAAGCAGUGCGAGCGUCAAUACGAUUCGCCAUCGCCACGGGCCGACUUGAGGCCACCUAG